AUGGUGCCCCUUAAUGCCUUCCUGACCUUUCUCCAGCUUCCUUUGUCUGUGCUGGGCAGCUGCGCACCAGCAGCAGACUCCUGGUCCGUCCUGAAUCUUCAGAUUUUACUUCUCCUGGGAUUCUCUGCCAUCUAUGUAGGGAUUGUGUUUGGAAACCUCCUCAUCUUGGUCACUGUGACCUUUGACUCAUGCCUUCACACACCAAUAUAUUUUCUGCUUAUCAAUCUUUCCUGUAUUGAUAUGCUCCUGGCUUCUUUUGCUACCCCUAAAAUGAUUGCGGAUUUCCUCCGAGAACAGAAGACCAUCUCCUGGUGGGGAUGUUAUUCUCAGAUGUUCUUCAGGCACCUCCUAGGUGGGAGUGAGGUGAUGUUGCUUGUAGCCAUGGCGAUAGACAGGUAUGUUGCCAUCUUCAAACCUCUCCAUUACCUGACCAUCAUGAGCCCAUGAGUGCUCACUGGGCUAUUGUUAACCUCUUACACAGUUGGAUUUGUACACUCAUCUAGUCAAAUGGCUUUCAUGUUGAAUUUGCCCUUCUGUGGUCCCAAUGCUGUGGACAGCUUCUUCUGUGAUCUUCCCCUUGUGAUCAAACUUGCCUGCAAGGACACCUACAUUCUGCAACUCCUGGUCGUUGCUGACAGCGGCCUCCUGCCCCUGGUCUGUUUCCUCCUCUUGCUUGUGUCCUACACAGUCAUCAUAUACUGUCAGGCAUGUGCUGCUAGCGGUUCCCCUAAGGCCUUCUCCACUCUCUCAGCACACAUCACCGUUGUGACUCUGUUCUUUGCCCCAUGUGUCUUUAUUUAUGUAUGGCCCUUCAGCAGAUACUUUGUAGAUAAAAUUCUUUCUGUGUUUUAUACAAUUUUCACAUCUCUCUUAAAUCCUAUUCUUUAUACAUUAAGGAAUAAAGAAGUAAAAGCAGCCAUCAAGAAGAUAAGGACUCGGCAUAUAAAUUCAAAACACACUUUAUAG